GCGAUCUUUCGUUUUUCUCUCUUUCCCUCCCGCUUUCGUUUCGCGCUGCCCGCGCUGACGCUGUCCCGCUCUCUGCUCUCCCUCAGGACCUCGCCCCGCGCCGACGGCCCCGCGGAGCCCCGCCACGAUGGGCAGCAAGGCGCUACCGGCGCCCAUCCCGCUGCACCCGUCCCUGCAGCUCACCAACUACUCCUUCCUCCAGGCCGUCAACACCUUCCCCGCGGCCGUGGACCAGCUGCAGGGGCUGUACGGGCUGAGCGCCGUGCAAACCAUGCACAUGAACCACUGGACGUUGGGCUACCCCGGCGUGCACGAGAUCGCCCGCUCCGCCCUCACGGAGAUGGCUGCCGCGCAGGGCCUGGUGGACUCGCGCUUCCCCUUCCCCGCGCUGCCCUUCGCCGCGCACCUCUUCCACCCCAAGCAGGGCGCCGCGGCCCACGUCCUCCCGGCGCUGCACAAGGAGCGGCCCCGCUUCGACUUCGCCAACCUGGCGGCGGCCGCCACGCAGGAGGACCCCCCGAAGGCGGGGGAGCUGGGCAAGCUGGGCCCCGGACUGCCGUCGCCCCUCUCGGGGCUCAGCAAGCUGUCCCCGGACAGGAAGCCGUCGCGGGGCCGCCUGCCCUCCAAGACGAAAAAGGAGUUCAUCUGCAAGUUCUGCGGCCGCCACUUCACCAAGUCCUACAACCUGCUCAUCCACGAGCGGACCCACACGGACGAGCGGCCCUACACCUGCGACAUCUGCCACAAAGCGUUCCGGCGGCAGGACCACCUGCGGGACCACCGGUGGGUGGGCGAGCGG